AUGACUUAUGCUCAACUUAUAGACACGGACUUCAUCCCGCAGGUUUCUGCUACUUGCAAGGCCGGUCACAUGAAUAUAAGAGUGAACUUCAACAGUUCCUUCGCAGGAGUUAUUCACGCCAGGGAUUUCAGGACACCUUCUUGUAUGGCCCUUGGCGAUGGUGGCAAAUCGGUGACUUUGGAUAUCAAUCUCUUGGCCACGCAUGGAGCGCCUGAUUAUUGCGGACUUCUAGUGAAUAAUAAAACCGAAGAAAGAAGCGUCCCGAUAGCGGUUCGUAUCCACAAAACUCUCGAAUUGGCCGACGACAAGUUCUAUGUCAUCACGUGCGGAAAAGCAGGUUUUCGCAACUCCAAAAACGAAACUUCGUUGGUUUCGCUGAAACUGAUUGAAGGCACCAGGAAAGUUACGCAGGCCGUCUACAGCAGACCGUACACAUUAAGAGCGGAAAUAUCCAGGCCAGAUGGGACUUAUGGAUUCAGAGUGAAGAGCUGCUUUGCGUUUAAUAAGUUGAAUAGUAGCUGUCCAGUAAAUCAAGAUGUCAUUAGCAAUUUCGUGUACGAUGAAUCCAAGGGAACUGCGGAUGCCCAGCUCCGAUCGAUGUUUAGAUUCCCGGAAAGUUCGGAAGUUCAUUUACAGUGUGAUAUUGGACUUUGCAAAGGCUCUUGUCCCCAACCAAGUUGCAAUGGUGAGGCCACAGGUAGAGCUUUGGCGACCGACGAAGGUGUUCUGAUGGCAGCAACCAGCGUAUUCGUAGUAGACCCUGGUGAAGCCCCAUUGGUCCAAGAGCUCUGUGACGAUGGUGCCGUACAUCCAUCGUGGUUGCUGUGGCUUUGCGUUGCCCUAGGUAUUCUUUUCUUGAUCAUGUUGAUAAUCAACGUUUUUCUUUGCUCUGCGAUGACCUGUGCAUGCGCUAGAACCGAAAUAAUCGAGAAAGAACCGAGCAUUAUCGAAGAAUACGAUCCUUACCGAAGCUGGCAUGGGAGCCAAUACGGAUCCAGGUACUCCUUGAACGGAGCCCCUCAACACCCAAAAGGCUACACCUCAGGAGGGUCCACCAUGAACUCAAACAGGUCUGUAUCAUCACAUAGCGACCACUAUGCGAUAGUUCACUCCAGGCCUGGCUCAAGGGGCUACAAUAAACACAGAGGGCCCCCUUCUCACAUCGGCAGCCAUUAUAGUGGAAAAUAAUUAAAAAAGAGCUCACUCUAUGUAUUUAGGUACUGUCUAUAGUGAAUGUGCAAUUGUUUUUGGUGUCUACACACGUCAAAUUGACAGAUGUAAUAUAAGGAUUGUAAAUAAUUUACUUAAAUCUAGUUAAAAUUAUAAUACUGCCCAUAUAAAAAAUUGUUAAAUACCUAUUACAUUUAAAAAAAAACUAUAGUAACAAUAUUAAUGUGAUAUAAAAAUUAUAUUUCAAUAAAAAUGCUAUUUUUACCAUUUAAAUAAGAUAAAUAAAUUAUAUUUAAAUUACAUAAGUAGCUUUAAUUUGUAAAUUUUAAUACGACAUUUAGGCCUUAAUAAUUAAAUGAUGAUGUAAAGACGAAC